AUAGGAUAAAUUGGCACUUUGUUUAUUAAGUUUCUAUAUAUUAAACUUUAAAGGAUUAACCUUAAUAAUGCGUGCCGUAAUUCAACGUGUUAGGGCCGCUAAAGUCACGGUGCUGGAUGAACUGGUGUCAACUAUUGGACCUGGACUAUGUGUUCUAGUGGGCAUCAARUCUAGCGAUACGAUARCAGAUGUCGAAUAUCUAGUGCGCAAGAUUCUCGCAUUGCGACUGUUCGAGGAUGAAGGAAAACGUUGGCAAAAGUCUGUCAAAGAUUUGCAGCUAGAAGUUCUAUGUGUAUCCCAGUUUACACUAUAUCAUCGAUUGAAGGGCAACAAACCAGACUUCUCUGCAGCUAUGAAAGGUGAAGAUGCCCAGCAGCUAUAUAGUCAUUUUUUGAAUAGACUGUGCCAAUCAUAUGAUUCCAGCAAAAUCAAAGAUGGAAAGUUUGGUGCUUAUAUGCAAGUCCACAUAGAGAAUGAUGGCCCCGUUACCAUUGAAUUGGAGUCUCCACAGCCGAAGCACUCCGAAGAAUGUGUAGAUAAAUAAAAUAUGUAGUACUCUCCUAUUAAA